UUGGUGUUGAAACUAAAUGUUAUUUUAACAGCCUCUCCUUCUAUGCGAGGAUCAACUCCUUUAGAUGUUGCAGCAGCCUCUGUGAUGGAUAACAAUGAACUUGCACUAGCUUUAAGGGAGCCUGACCUGGAGAAGGUGGUUCGCUACUUGGCUGGAUGUGGAUUGCAGAGUUGUCCUUUGUUGAUUUCUAAAGGCUACCCAGACAUCGGAUGGAAUCCAGUUGAAGGAGAGCGAUAUUUGGAUUUUCUUCGUUUUGCUGUUUUUUGUAAUGGAGAGAGUGUGGAGGAGAAUGCUAAUGUUGUAGUCAGACUGCUUAUCCGUCGACCUGAAUGUUUUGGUCCAGCUCUAAGAGGAGAAGGAGGCAAUGGGUUACUUGCUGCCAUGGAGGAAGCAAUACAAAUAUCAGAAGAUCCAACAAGGGAUGGACCUUCCCCAAGUAAUGGAUCUAGUAAAACCCUUGAAAUGGAAGAACAAGAAGAUGACACUAUUCACAUGGGAAAUGCAAUCAUGACCUUUUACGCUGCUUUGAUUGAUCUCUUAGGACGUUGUGCCCCUGAAAUGCAUUUAAUCCAUGCUGGUAAAGGGGAAGCCAUUAGAAUCAGAUCAAUUCUACGGUCUUUGAUUCCACUGGAAGAUUUGGUGGGAGUAAUUAGCAUUCCUUUCCACAUGCCAACCAUAGCUAAAGAUGGUACUGUGGUGGAACCUGACAUGUCUGCGGGGUUUUGCCCAGAUCACAAGGCAGCCAUGGUUUUGUUCCUUGACAGGGUCUAUGGAAUUGAGGACCAGGAUUUUCUUCUACACCUUCUUGAAGUUGGCUUUCUGCCAGAUCUUCGUGCUGCUGCUUCUUUAGAUACGGCUGCUUUAAGUGCUACGGAUAUGGCUUUGGCUCUGAAUCGAUACCUUUGCACAGCAGUCUUGCCUCUGUUGACCAGAUGCGCUCCUCUUUUUGCUGGCACUGAGCACCACGCUUCCCUCAUCGAUUCCUUAUUACAUACUGUGUACAGACUCUCAAAGGGAUGCUCUCUUACCAAAGCUCAGCGAGAUUCUAUCGAAGAGUGUUUGUUGUCUAUCUGUGGGCAGUUGCGACCUUCCAUGAUGCAGCAUUUGCUGAGAAGAUUAGUAUUUGAUGUUCCUCUAUUAAAUGAACAUGCAAAGAUGCCUCUCAAGUUGCUGACAAAUCAUUAUGAAAGGUGCUGGAAGUAUUAUUGUUUGCCAGGUGGAUGGGGUAACUUUGGUGCUGCCUCAGAAGAAGAGCUUCAUUUAUCCAGAAAGUUGUUCUGGGGUAUUUUUGAUGCUUUGUCUCAAAAGAAGUAUGAACAAGAACUGUUCAAAUUGGCUUUGCCUUGUUUGAGCGCUGUUGCAGGGGCCUUACCUCCAGACUAUAUGGAAUCAAAUUAUGUCAAUAUGAUGGAAAAACAGUCUUCAAUGGAUUCAGAUGGGAACUUUAAUCCUCAACCUGUUGAUACGUCAAACAUUACAAUCCCUGAAAAGCUAGAAUAUUUCAUUAACAAAUAUGCAGAACACUCUCAUGACAAAUGGUCAAUGGAAAAGUUUGCCAAUGGAUGGACAUAUGGUGAAACAUAUUCUGAAUCUGCAAAAGUGCAACCAUUAAUGAAACAAUAUAAGUUACUAUCUGAAAAGGAGAAAGAAAUUUAUCGAUGGCCAAUCAAAGAAUCACUAAAAACUAUGCUGGCAUGGGGAUGGCGAAUUGAAAGAACACGGGAGGGAGAUUCCAUGGCACUGUAUAAUCGGACGCGUCGCAUAUCUCAAACCAGUCAAAUCUCUGUAGAUACAGCCCAUGGUUACACUCCUCGAGCAAUUGACAUGAGCAAUGUCACCCUCUCCAGAGACUUACAUGCUAUGGCUGAGAUGAUGGCCGAAAACUACCAUAACAUAUGGGCAAAGAAAAAGAAAAUGGAGCUUGAAGCAAAAGGAGGAGGCAACCAUCCUCUUCUUGUUCCUUAUGAUACACUCACAGCCAAAGAAAAAGCCAAGGACAGAGAAAAAGCACAGGAUAUUCUGAAAUUUCUACAGAUUAAUGGAUAUGUUGUCUCCAGAGGACUUAAGGACCUGGAAUUAGACACACCUUCCAUUGAGAAACGCUUUGCCUACAGUUUCCUUCAGCAACUUAUAAGAUAUGUGGAUGAAGCCCAUCAGUACAUUCUGGAGUUUGAUGGUGGCAGCAGAGGCAAAGGAGAGCACUUCCCAUAUGAACAAGAAAUCAAGUUUUUUGCCAAAGUUGUGCUCCCUUUGAUUGAUCAGUAUUUUAAAAAUCAUCGCCUGUAUUUCUUAUCUGCAGCAAGUAGGCCUCUCAGCAGUGGAGGUCAUGCCUCUAAUAAAGAGAAAGAAAUGGUGACAAGCCUGUUCUGCAAACUUGGAGUUCUUGUCAGGCAUAGGAUUUCACUGUUUGGAAAUGAUGCAACAUCAAUAGUCAACUGUCUUCACAUACUGGGCCAAACCUUGGAUGCGAGGACUGUGAUGAAGACUGGUCUGGAAUCUGUUAAGAUGGCAUUGAGAGCAUUUUUGGACAAUGCUGCCGAAGAUCUGGAGAAAACAAUGGAAAAUCUUAAGCAAGGCCAGUUUACACACAGCAGAAACCAGCCAAAGGGAGUUACACAAAUCAUUAAUUAUACCACAGUUGCUCUUCUGCCAGUGCUAUCUUCAUUAUUUGAGCAUAUUGGACAGCACCAGUUUGGGGAAGAUUUGAUAUUGGAAGAUGUUCAGGUCUCCUGUUACAGAAUAUUGGCCAGUUUAUAUGCUCUGGGAACCAGCAAGAGUAUCUAUGUAGAGCGGCAACGAUCAGCACUAGGAGAAUGCUUGGCCGCUUUCUCAGGUGCCUUUCCAGUGGCUUUUUUGGAAACUCAUUUGAACAAACAUAAUAUCUACUCAAUUUACAAUACCAAGAAUGCGCGAGACAGAGCAGUUCUCAAUUUGCCUACUAGUGUAGAAGAGCUUUGCCCAAAUAUUCCUUCCUUGGUGAAGCUAAUGGAAGAAAUUGUGGAACUGGCAGAGUCUGGUAUUCGUUACACACAAAUGCCACAUAUCAUGGAAGUAAUACUGCCUAUGCUAUGUAGUUACAUGUCACACUGGUGGGAGCAUGGGCCAGAAAACAACCCUGACAAGGCUGAAAUGUGUUGCACAGCCUUGACGUCAGAGCACAUGAACACUUUGUUGGGUAACAUAUUGAAAAUCAUCUAUAAUAACCUUGGUAUUGAUGAAGGAGCUUGGAUGAAGAGAUUAGCAGUGUUUUCCCAGCCCAUCAUAAGCAAAGCGAAGCCACAGCUCUUAAAGACACACUUCCUGCCACUGAUGGAUAAGCUAAAGAAAAAAGCAGCAGUGGUUGUAUCGGAUGAAGAACAUCUAAGAGCAGAAGGCAGAGGUGACAUGUCGGAGGCUGAACUGCUCAUCCUAGAUGAGUUCACCACUUUGGCACGGGACCUCUAUGCCUUCUACCCUUUGUUGAUUAGAUUUGUGGACUAUAACAGGGCAAAAUGGCUGAAAGAGCCCAACCCUGAAGCGGAAGAAUUGUUCCGCAUGGUAGCUGAGGUCUUCAUUUACUGGUCAAAGUCUCAUAAUUUCAAAAGGGAAGAGCAGAACUUCGUGGUACAAAAUGAGAUCAACAACAUGUCUUUCCUUAUCAGUGACACCAAAUCUAAGAUGUCCAAGGCAGCAGUUUCUGACCAGGAAAGGAAGAAGAUGAAGCGAAAAGGUGACCGGUACUCUAUGCAGACCUCUCUCAUUGUGGCGGCACUGAAGAGAUUACUGCCCAUUGGCCUAAACAUUUGUGCUCCUGGAGACCAAGAGCUAAUUGCACUGGCCAAAAAUCGAUUCAGUAUGAAAGAUACUGAAGAUGAAGUACGAGAUAUCAUCCGCAGUAAUCUUCAUCUCCAGGGCAAGCUUGAGGAUCCCGCCAUUAGGUGGCAGAUGGCACUUUACAAAGAUUUACCAAACAGGACUGAAGAUUCCUCAGAUCCAGAGAAGACUGUGGAAAGGGUCCUUGAUAUAGCUAAUGUACUCUUUCACCUGGAACAGGUUGAGCAUCCUCAGCGGUCCAAAAAAGCAGUGUGGCAUAAGCUGCUGUCUAAACAGAGGAAAAGAGCAGUAGUUGCCUGUUUUAGAAUGGCACCAUUGUAUAAUCUGCCAAGGCACCGAGCCGUCAAUCUCUUUCUUCAAGGCUAUGAUAAAUCUUGGAUUGAAACAGAAGAACACUAUUUUGAAGACAAACUGAUAGAAGACUUAGCAAAACCUGGGGAGGAACCACCGGAAGAAGAUGAAAGCCUUAAAAGAGUUGAUCCUUUACAUCAACUUAUUCUGCUAUUCAGUCGAACAGCCUUGACUGAAAAAUGCAAAUUGGAAGAAGAUUUCCUAUAUAUGGCUUAUGCUGACAUUAUGGCAAAGAGCUGCCAUGAUGAAGAAGAUGAUGGUGAAGAAGAAGUGAAGAGUUUUGAAGUGACAGGAUCACAACGCAGCAAGGAAAAAGAAAUGGAAAAGCAAAAACUUCUGUAUCAACAAGCCAGACUGCAUGACCGGGGUGCUGCUGAGAUGGUUCUGCAGACAAUCAGUGCUAGUAAAGGUGAGAUGGGGCCAAUGGUUGCAGCUACCCUAAAGCUAGGAAUUGCCAUCUUAAAUGGAGGAAAUUCUACCGUUCAACAGAAAAUGCUUGACUACCUCAAGGAUAAAAAGGAUGUGGGAUUCUUUCAGAGCCUUGCUGGCCUUAUGCAGUCCUGUAGUGUUCUUGACCUAAAUGCGUUUGAACGUCAGAACAAAGCAGAAGGCCUUGGCAUGGUGACUGAAGAGGGAUCAGGAGAAAAGGUGAUGCAGGAUGAUGAGUUCACCUGUGACCUCUUCCGCUUCCUUCAAUUGCUUUGUGAAGGACAUAAUUCAGAUUUUCAGAAUUACCUGAGAACUCAGACUGGUAACAACACAACUGUUAAUAUCAUCAUUUCCACUGUGGAUUACUUAUUAAGAGUUCAGGAAUCCAUUAGUGAUUUCUAUUGGUAUUAUUCUGGGAAGGAUGUUAUUGAUGAGCAAGGUCAACGAAAUUUUUCCAAAGCCAUCCAGGUUGCAAAACAAGUUUUCAAUACUCUUACGGAGUAUAUCCAGGGGCCAUGUACUGGGAAUCAGCAAAGUCUGGCACACAGCAGGCUAUGGGAUGCGGUAGUUGGUUUUCUUCAUGUGUUUGCCCACAUGCAGAUGAAGCUGUCUCAGGAUUCCAGUCAAAUUGAAUUACUGAAGGAAUUAAUGGAUCUUCAGAAGGAUAUGGUUGUCAUGUUGCUGUCUAUGCUGGAAGGUAAUGUUGUGAAUGGAACUAUUGGCAAGCAGAUGGUCGAUAUGCUUGUGGAAUCAUCCAACAAUGUGGAGAUGAUUCUGAAGUUUUUUGAUAUGUUCUUAAAAUUGAAGGAUUUGACUUCCUCUGAUGCAUUCAAAGAAUAUGACCCUGAUGGUAAAGGGAUAAUUUCGAAGAGGGAUUUUCACAAGGCAAUGGAAAGCCAUAAGCAUUACACCCAGUCUGAAACUGAGUUUCUGCUGUCAUGUGCUGAAACAGAUGAGAAUGAGACUCUGGACUAUGAGGAGUUUGUGAAACGAUUCCAUGAACCUGCCAAAGACAUUGGUUUCAAUGUUGCUGUUCUCCUGACCAACCUGUCAGAACACAUGCCCCAUGAUACCCGCUUGCAAACUUUUCUUGAACUGUCAGAGAGUGUGCUGAAUUACUUUCAGCCUUUCCUUGGACGCAUAGAAAUCAUGGGCAGUGCGAAGCGCAUUGAACGAGUUUAUUUUGAAAUAAGUGAGUCAAGUCGGACUCAGUGGGAGAAACCUCAGGUAAAGGAGUCAAAGAGACAAUUUAUAUUUGAUGUUGUAAACGAAGGUGGGGAGAAAGAAAAGAUGGAGCUUUUUGUUAAUUUCUGUGAGGAUACCAUCUUUGAAAUGCAACUGGCUGCCCAGAUCUCUGAAUCAGAUCUGAAUGAAAGGUCAGCAAAUAAAGAGGAGAAUGAGAAAGAUAAGCCUGAGGAACAAGAUCCUAGAAUGGGUUUCUUCUCUCUCAUGACUAUAAAGUUAGCAUUAGUAGCUCUCAAGUAUAAUUUAAUGACUGUUAUGAAAAUGCUCAGCAUGAAGAGCCUAAAGAAACAGAUGAAAAAAGUGAAGAAAAUGACCAUGAAGGACAUGGUCAUGGCUUUGUUUUCUUCCUAUUGGAGCAUUUUGAUGGGCUUACUGCAUUUUGCUUGUAAUGUCGUCCGGGGCUUCUUUCGCAUCAUAUGCAGUUUGCUGCUUGGAGGAAGCCUAGUAGAAGGAGCAAAGAAAAUCAAAGUGGCUGAACUGUUAGCCAAUAUGCCAGAUCCCACUCAGGAUGAGGUACGUGGGGAAGGAGAAGAGGGGGAGAGGAAACCAACAGAAGCUGCAUUGCCUACAGAGGACUUGACAGAUCUGAGAACUUUAUCAGAUGAGAGUGAUCUACUCUCAGAUAUAUUUGGUUUGGAUUUGAAACGAGAAGGUGGACAGUAUAAAUUGAUCCCUCACAAUCCAAAUGCUGGUUUGAGUGAUUUACUGAGCACUCCCUCCUUAGCUCCAAUGCCUGAGGUGCAGGAAAAAAUCCAGGAGCAGGUGAAAGAAGAUGAAAAGGAAGAGAAGGAGGAAACAAAAUCUGAACCUGAAAAAGCAGAAGGAGAAGAUGGGGAAAAAGAAGAGAAAGCCAAGGAAGACAAAGGGAAACAGAAAUUAAGACAACUUCAUACUCACAGAUAUGGAGAACCAGAAGUUCAGGAAUCAGCUUUCUGGAAGAAAAUCAUUGCAUACCAACAGAAGCUUCUUAAUUAUUUUGCACGAAACUUUUACAACAUGAGGAUGUUGGCAUUGUUUGUUGCUUUUGCCAUCAACUUCAUCCUGCUUUUCUAUAAGGUCUCCACCUCUGCUGUGACUGAAGAAAAGGAAGUUCCUGUGGUAUCUGCUGGUGAAAGUACCAAGUUGAACAGCCUGGAAAGUGACAACCAGAGGGUCAUUGCAGUGCAUUAUGUCCUGGAAGAAAGCAGCGGCUACAUGGAGCCCACGCUGCGGAUUUUGGCCAUCCUACACACAGUCAUCUCAUUCUUCUGCAUUAUAGGGUAUUACUGUUUGAAGGUUCCACUGGUUAUUUUUAAGAGAGAAAAGGAAGUGGCAAGGAAAUUGGAAUUUGAUGGGCUGUAUAUAACUGAACAGCCAUCAGAAGAUGAUAUUAAGGGACAGUGGGAUAGACUUGUAAUCAACACACAGUCUUUUCCAAAUAACUAUUGGGACAAAUUUGUGAAAAGAAAG